GGAGCUCCCAUUCUAAAAAGUCAUUGUGAUGACAAAGCAGCAUGUCCAGAAUUCCACUCUACCCAAGCUGACCUGAGUGGAGGCAGCAACUAAAUCAGAGUAAAACAAUUAUUUCUUUCAAAGCUGACCAUGAAUGAAGAAAUACAACCUUCAGACAAGCCGAGCUGCUUCUACAACCAACUCCGCCUGGAGGGGAAAUUAACCGACGCAGUCAUCAUUACUGAGGGUGUUGAAUUUCCAGUUCACAAGGUCAUCCUCUGUAACUGCACUCCAUAUUUCUACGCCCUCUUCACACGGUGGUCCAGCUCAGACCAAAAGGUUUUUCAUAUACCAGGAAUAUCACCUGCAAUGAUGCGGCUCAUCCUCGACUACGCAUACACCAACUCUCUCACUGUAACUGAGGCUAAUGUGCAGGAGCUUCUUCAAGCAGCAGAUCAGUUGAACGCUCAUGAGGUUGUGCAUGUCUGCUACAUGUUCCUCGAGGGUCUAAUGAGGCCAGACAACUGCAUUGGCAUCUGGAGGUAUGCAGUAGCCUGCAUGCAUACUGAACUGCACCACAAAGCCUACUUCUACAUCUUGCAGCACUUUGAGACAAUCGCUUUGUGUGAUGAGUUCCUGCAGCUCUCUGCAGACGAGCUCGCUGAUAUCAUCGAAAAAGACAACUUGACUGUGAGACAGGAAUCCAAAGUGUAUGAGGCCAUUUGGAGGUGGACUUGUCAUGCUCUUCAAGAGCGAGAGGCACACUUCCCAGCUCUCUUGUCCAAGGUCCGGCUGGCCCUGUUGGGUAUAGAAUAUAUCAGAGACAACCUGCUGCCUAAUGCGCUGGUGGAAAAACAGUGCACGUUUCUCCUCUCUGAAGCCAUGGGAACCAUUAGUCAACUUUUAUUAUGUAGACCCCAUUUGACCAGCAUCUGUAAGGCCUUUGGUCGCCCUCGUCUGCCUAACAGCAUCCUACUAGCCAUAGGUGGGUGGAGUGGUGGUGAUCCAACCAAUGCCAUUGAGGCAUAUGAUGUCCGUUUUGACCGCUGGACCAGCAUAACUAACAACCUUGAGCGUCCUUGUGCCUAUCAUGGCACCGCCUUCCUCAAUGGCUACAUCUACUGCAUUGGUGGUUUUAACAGGGUGGAGCAUUUCAACACCGUACGCAGGUUUGACCCCGUCACAUACACCUGGCAUGAGGUGGCUCCCAUGUACCACCGGCGCUGCUACGUGAGCGUGACUGUGUUGAAUGGGUGUAUUUACGCAAUGGGAGGUUAUAAUGGACACAUGCGACUCAGCACAGCAGAGUACUAUCAGCCAGAGACAAACCAGUGGAAUUUGAUUGCUCCAAUGCAUGAACAAAGGAGUGAUGCAAGCUGCACCACCCUCAACAAUAAGAUUUACAUCUGUGGGGGAUUCAAUGGAACGGAGUGCCUGCAGACAGCAGAAUGUUACACCCGAGAGACCAAUCAGUGGACAAUGAUCGCCCCAAUGAACAGCCACCGCAGUGGAAUAGGAGUCAUUGUUUAUGCAGGUCAUGUGUUUGCAGUCGGUGGCUUUGAUGGCAGCAGGCGUCUGCGCACCACUGAGGCCUACAAUCCUGAGACUAAUGUCUGGACAAAUGUGGCCUCCAUGAUAACCACCCGCAGCAACUUUGGUAUCGAAGUGGUUGAAGAUCGGCUCUUCGUUGCUGGGGGCUUCAAUGGCUAUACCACUUGCUAUAACGUUGAGUGUUACGACACCACAACAGAUAGGUGGUCUGAGGUCUGCGACAUGGAGGUCUUCCGUAGUGCCCUGAGCUGCUGUGUGAUAUCUGGGCUCCCCAACAUGGCGGAUUACAUGGUCUCUCGUGACACUCUGCCACUGCCUUCUGUAGAGGAGGAGGAAGAAGAGGAGGAGAUGGAGUCAGAAAAUUCAUCCUAAACCCAGUAAAUUGAGGGAUCCUUUCCAGUGCCAUCAUCUAAGACAGGCACAACAGCAACAUUACAUGAUUAAUAAACAAUUCAUGGCAUCAA